CUUUCGGUUGCUAGGGCCGCGCCGUUGCUAGGGCCGCGGCGAAGCGCGGUGGCGGCAGCAGCCGCUGCCAUCCCGGCCCGCCGCCCCCUUCCCCGGGCCGGGGCGAUGGUAAAGCUCGCUGCCAAGUGCCUCCUGGCAGGAGAUCCAGCUGUGGGAAAGAGUGCUUUAGCCCAGAUGUUCCGCAAUGAUGGGGCUCAUUUUCAGAAGAACUACACACUGACAACGGGCAUAGAACUGUUGGUGAAGGCUGUAUCAGUUCCAGAGACAAGUGAUAGUGUGGAAUUCUUCAUUUUUGACUCUGCAGGAAAAGAUCUAUUUUCUGAAAUGUUGGAGAAACUGUGGGAGCAACCCAACGUCCUGUGCCUUGUCUAUGAUGUCACUAACGAGCAAUCUUUCAACAACUGUGCCAAGUGGCUGGAGAAGCUGAGGGCUCAAGCAGUUGGAAUGCACAUCCCGGGUGUCUUAGUGGGGAAUAAAACAGACCUGGUUGGUCGUCGAGUUGUGGAGGAGAAACAAGCACAGGAGUGGGCUGAGAAACAUGGCCUGGAAUACUGCGAGAUGUCAGUGAAGGAGAUGAAAAAUUUUGAGGCCCCUUUCCACAUCCUGGCAAAGUCAUUCCACCAACUGUACAAAGAGAAAGUGGAAACCUUUCAUUCACUAGCUUGAGGGCCGUGACUGGGAUGACUUAUUUAUCCUCUAAGCUUCUCCAAAUGCCCAGAAUCCUGCAGGAUGGAAUACAGAGAGAAGAAAAGAGAUGAGCUAUUUGCUUCUUCAUGGUCAUCUUCUGGUAAUUCAAAAUAAACUAGAAAUAAGCAAGUGGAAAGACACUCUUCUGAAGUUGCUACCUCAGCAUUCCUUUCAUGUCCUCUAACUUGGUUCCUCUGCUCACUGAAAAUCUGCUAGGUUGGAGGAGGCGGGGAGUAAAAGGGGAGGGCAGAAUGGAAAUUGCCAGCUCUUUCCUUUGAUAUUGUCUUGUCUCUUGCCUGAACAGAUUUCCUGCUGCUGCAAGCAAGGAUUUAGAGGUUUGGAGAAAGAGAGAGGAAGCUGACAGGAUGUUUUUCAACUUAAGCAACCCAGCCUUGCUACAUAUGUUGCAGGGCAGGACUGAUUUGGCCCUGCUGCUUGAAAUGCAGUUUCAAUAGGCCUAUGCCCUAAAAUAGACACAUGGAGACUGAGAUGUGUGGGGGUUUAGGUGUGGUUCUAGGAGUGCCCAGAGUUUGAGGCCUGUUAUAAAAAUGUUACUCUUAUCAGUUGUAGGACUGAUAUGCCAAUGACUAAUAGGUGUUUUUGACUUCUAGAAUCUGCUUCUGUUCUUCAGGGUGGCUCACUUUCACUGCCUGGUAGGAACUGUCUUGCGUCUGUAUUGCUGUCACUUGGUAACGCAGUGCCCUCUGCUGGUCCCAGGUCACAAGAUUUCUCAAGAAGUUACCUCUCCUGAAAGGAGCAGGACUUCCUAUGGGCAUAUCCAAAUUGGCUUGCCUGCAAAAUGGGGUCAGAUAGAAUAAAUGGUAUUCUUGCUGCAGACAAGUCCAAAAUUUAAAACAAAUUAUCUUUUCUUCUUCAUGUCUUGGUCAUCUUGUGUGGGUUUGUGUCAUUUUUCUUUUUGUCAGCUGAACGUGGCAAUGCUAUGUUCUCAUUAGGUUCAGUUCUCAAUCCUUUACUAGAUUCAGGGUCCUCUUUGUUGUUAAACUUCCCCUGCUUGUCCUUAAAUUUUGUAUUGAAAACCGCAAUUCUGUUGUCACUAGUGGAAGCAGGACCAAGGAAAUGAAAGACAACCUGGCUGAGCUACUCGGACUCAGCCCUGUCUGGGUAGAAGUUUUGGAUCAGAAAGGGUAAAAGCCUAGAGAGAACGGCUCUUUUGUGUGGAGUGCUGAUGUUGUAUGCAUGAGAGUCUGUUUGAUAAUGCCAUAUGUGAAAGCAUCCAUGGUAAAGUACCGCCUUGUCACCCAGCCCAACACCAAGGAGUUCAAAACCACAACCUUUUUCUUCUCCCAGAUUCUGUUAGCCUUCCUUGUGCAAGGGAAGAUGAAUUUUGUAGAGAGUAAGCACUGAAUGAUUUUUCAGUGCAGGCUUUUCAGGAAUCUGUCUUUCAAGACUUUUAUAUGUGCAUUUUAUAACCAUUUUUAUGCCCAAUGCUAGGAAAAGUACAUUGGAUUGAGCAUAGGAAAUAUGGCUGCAGAUGUUGUAGCAGAGUUUAUGAAGCACUUCAAGAAUCUGGAGAAGCAGCUGGGCUCAUUUUGUUGGCAACGGUGUGUUGAGGCUUGGAAUUAGCUAGGGAGCAUGAAUGCCAGCUAAAGAGGUUAAGUAGGAGCUCAGCCCAUAAGAAAAGAAAAUGAAUAGAUUCUUUUGCUAGAAGCUAUCUCAAAAAAAAGACAUAACCAGCUGGGAGAGCUCUUGCUUCCUCCAAAGAAGGAAGGACUCCUCUGUGGGCUUAGGGUAACUAGAAGACUCACUCUUUUUUGAAUUGGAUUAGCAUUAUUGGCAUUUGUAUUUUACAUGGGUGGUCUUGUUAAUCCUGGGGAGUGUCUGUUGAUUUACAUGGGCUGAGUAGAGUCUUGCCUGCAGGUGCUAGUACCUCUGACUAUUAAGAGUAAAAGUUAUUUUGGAUGCUGUGCUGAUCUAGUUAAAGAACUGAAGAAGGUUUGUUUUGAUUUGGUAGCUCAUUUCCCCCUGGUUCUAUUGAUGAUGUGAUCACAACACAAGACAGAUAUUUUUUCAUAUUGAAAAUAGCACGCCAGGUGUGUUUGCCACGUGUGACGUGGUAUAUAGAGGGGAUGAAUGCCUUGGGAAUGGGUGAGAAAAUGAAUCCUAUGCAAUUUCUAACCAGGGAAUUCAAUCUCUCUGCACCAGAAGGGCCUCCCAUAACUUCAAAUAAACAAUCUAAAUGCACCACUAAGAUGAAGAUUGGUGAACACUGUUUUAUUAAAUGAAUGCAAAAGCUGGAGGAUCUCAUUAAGGGAAUGCUUGCAGUGGUGAUUUGUGAUUUAUAGGGAAGCUGCUUUUGAGAGGUUAGUGAAGAAAAAUCCAUCCCAUGCAGGGAAAGAUAUAUUGUCUGAGAGAGGAAAUGUAUGAUCUAAUUAGCUAGCAGUAGGGAAUCACCCACUGCCCAUUUCCCUCUUUCCACAGGCCAUGACUAGAAUUAGAAAAGAGGUUGUGUCAAAAGCGCGUUGCCCAACUUGCUUUUUACAGGACUAUUUCGACCACUAAUGUAGAUGCAAUUUCACGUCCUUCAAAAUGGUAUGUUUGACCAUAACUAUCUCAGUCCUUCCAACUGCAUUUUAAAAGCAUAAUAUAUUGUCCUUGCUGGCUAACGUACUAUAUAAUACCAGCAUGAUGCAGGCAAUGCUUGUUGCUAUUUUCCUAGCUUAUUUGUGACCUUGUAGAGGAAGUAGUGAAGAGUGGGUAAAGAACAUGGGAGCCAGAUACAGGAAGGCUGCAAAAAAUAGUUUUGUGUCUGUGUGGAGGAGCUUAGGGUAGUGAGUAUGUGAGCUAGACAAGCAGGAUAAGAGUCUGAAGCAAUUAUUAAGUUUCUCUUACCGUUUUCAGUAACUGCUGUGGUCAUGUCUGUAGGGUGAGGAUGUGUGUUUGCUGCUUGUAGCCUUAGCAUCGCUCUGAAUGACAAACCCCGUGGAGAACAGUGGGAGGAAGGCAGAAAGCCUGUCUGCUGACCGGGAAGCUUGUCGUCUUCUUACAGCUCCCCUGCUUUGUCCAGCUGUGCAGUGCUGCAGGUGCUCAGCAUGGGUGUUUACAACCCAGAAGAGACCCAGCUCAACCAGAACUGAAUUUUCAAAAGAAGGGGGAGGGAAUAAACAGGCCUUUAACCAUUUUUAAGAGAGACAUAGUCCUUCUUUUUCCUGCUUGCUUGUUGGAUUAGUCAAUAACAUUCUUUCCUCCUUGAAGUCCCUCCUCCUUACUUUUCCUUUGGUCCUCAUGGUUGUGCUGCACAGAAUCCCUGUUAUACUUGUGCCCUGCUUUACUUAGCUUGAUACAUCACCAGCUGAUUUUUUUUUCAUCCUUCUAAUUUCUGCAUUAUCUAUUCCCAAGGCUGCAAGACAUUUCUUCUUAGAGAGAUUAAUAGACAAAAGAAAACAAAAGUGGAAUUUUUAGUCAAAUUGUUUUGGAAGAAAGAACCUUAAGAAGCUGACUGACACUCUGAAAUUUUACUGGGAAUUCAUUUGUGUAAAGUUGUCAUAUUAAAGGUGCUUUAAUGGUUUUGUUUUGGCUUGCCAGACAUAUUCUACUGUGGGGUGAAAUGCAGGAUGUAAAAUUCCAGAAAGAUCAGGUUUUAUUGUGGGAGUUAAUAGGAGUUUCAAAGCUGAUCAUACUGUGAUAAGAUCUGUUCAGUUUUAACAAUGGAGUGGCCACUGCUGUUCAUAAUAAAGCAUUAAAUAUACUGAAA